AUGACAAGUAAUGGAACUAUUGAGGAACAAUGUUGGACAUCCAUCCCUUGCGUCAAUGAGAGAGAUGCACCCCUGAUUGAUUCUAGUCAUGCUUGUACGAUACAUAAAGACUCACUCUAUAUCGUUGGAGACCGUACCCUUCCCAUCGUGCCAAUUCGUAGCAGUAUGAUCCGCCCCGUGACUAACUUUUUCGAAUUUAAUUUUGCUCAGAACAAGUGGUCGACGAUUGUGGGCAAUGGUGUCGCUCCUAGCCAGCGCAAGAGUCAUUCCACUGUCGUUCACAAGGACUCGCUUUUGGUGUUUGGUGGAUAUGAUGGCGAGAAACGCUUAAACGACUUGUUUUCCUUUAAUUUCUUGACACAGACGUGGACGAAUGUGUUUGUCAAUGCUGGACAACAACCAACGCCAAGAUUUGGCCACGCCGCGGUGGUGUACGAUAACGCCAUGUACAUUUUCGGCGGAAGUGACAGUCACUACGACCGUGAGUCCGUGUCAAGCCGUAACUCCAGUGAAUAUGGCAGAAUGGACACCGGUCGCCAUAUCAACGACAUGCACUCGUUUAACUUGGAAACCAAUUCUUGGUCUUUGAUUCGUACCACCGGAGAAGUGCCAUAUCCUCGAGAGAAAUCGUCACUGUUCGUGUACAAACAGAAUUGCCUGUUAUUUGGAGGGUAUGACCACGACUUAGGCUAUCUCGAUGAUGUUCAUGUUUAUAAUUUCGAAACCAGCGUUUGGUCAUGCCUAGAGACAAAGGGAACGGCACCGAAAGGUCUUGGUAACCCAUUGGUAGUUUUACACCACAAUUCUCUAAUUGUAUGUGGCGGAAAGUCAGAACCAGAAUUGUACGAACUUGAUCUUGAAACAAGCACGUGGACAGUUAUUGCUAGCUCCGGUCUAACUCCUAAGAGCAGCGUGCUUUCUGGAUGCAUUCAUGAUGGCCAUUUGGUUGUGCUGAGUGAAAAAGAUGACUUGAUCAGCAUCAACCAAAUUCAUUUGCCAGCGGAAAAAGCCAAAACUAAGAGCAGGAAGGACGAAAAACUUGAUGAAGAGGGCACAGCGAUUGCUCACUUGCGUUCACUCGUCAACAAUCAACUAAUGAGCGACGUGACUUUUCUCGUUGAAGGAACACCGAUCUUUGGCCACAAGAAUCUAUGUGUGCGCUGUGACUACUUCAAAGCAAUGUUUACAGGAGAGAUGCUCGAAAGCACAGCUCGGGAAGUGACGCUGUCUGACGUCAGUCGAGUGACAUUUCUUUCCCUGUUAGAGUAUGUGUAUACAGAUCGUCUUGUGAUUGCGGAAGAUGGGGUGAAGGAACUGUUAAUUACCGCAGACCGAUACGGUAUCGAGAGCCUUAAGCGAGUUUGCGCUGCAAAACUUUUGCAGUCGGUUUGCAUCGACAAUGUCGCGAGCGUUCUUCAAGCAGCGGAUCAGAUUAAUAUUUCUUCGUUGCGCGACGAGUGCUUCGCUUUCACACUUCAAAACUUUGAUGCAGUAUCAAAAACACCGGCGUUCCAUGAAAUGGCUAGGACCAAUAUUGAGUUAGCCUUGCAGAUUCUGCAACAGCGCUAA